AUGCAGCUCGGUCUCGUUGCCAAUGUCUUCCUUAGCCUUUGCCUCUCCGUAGCUGCCUACCCUACCAACUUCACCCGGGCUCCUAUUAUCGUGGACAACCCUUCGAAGCUCUUCGAGGCCCGUCUGCUCGAAAAGAACUCUACGACCAUCAGGGGCGCUCUCAACAUCUGGGCUCGGUCAGUCGGAGUCAAGGUCCAUGCAGACUUCUGGGGACUUCCGAGGGAGAAAGCUUUGCCGUACCACAUUCAUGCCCGUCGAGUCCCCGAGAACGGCAGUUGCGAAGCGACUGGUCCACACCUCGAUCCCUACAACCGCGGCCAAUACCCUCCAUGCGAUGCAACUCAUCCCGAAACAUGCGAGGUUGGUGACCUGAGUGGGAAGCAUGGUCCCAUGUACACCGCGGUCUUUGAGUCCUUCGAGGCCGAAUACCCGGACCACUUCCUUUCGACAGACCCCGACAGCCCUGCCUACUUUGGUGAUCUUUCUAUUGUCGUCCACGGGACCAACGGCGAGAGGCUCAACUGCGGUAACUUUGUCUUGAAGCAGACUGGCACUGAGUACUAG